UUAUCCAAAGAAUCCUCAAUACGAUUCCAGCGCAAGCGGACAAGACUUAUGGCCAAAACUCGCAAACGGGUGUUGCCACAGACAAGAGGCAACAAUACCGUCUACAGCUGGGUGCAGAAACGUUAUGGGGCAGUCACCUCCUACAGCGAAAUCUCAGAUCUUGUCAUUAAAUUCUACAUUGGCAGGGAUGUCAGUGCAAAUACCAGCUGUGACCUGACUGCUUUGAGUCCAAGUAUUCGUCUGUUCUCCUACCAAGAGGCGGUGAAGCCAAUUACUGGCUGUGUCUCCAAGAGAAGAAAUCACCAUGUUCGCGCUAAACCUGUCUACAUCAUUGAGCUCCUAGAACCACCAGACCCCUCACCUGGUAUGGUCGGAGUUGAUCUGGAGAUCUUGCCUUAUUACAACGGAAUGAGCAUGCGGUCAAGAGGCCAGAGUUUGGACACUGAAAAAGACUGGCACUUCUACUUGGUGGUGAAGUCACCUCCUAGUCUCCGCUGGACCCUGCACUCAAAGAAGGUUUCUGGAUGGGUGGACAUAGUGGCUGAUGCCAGUGCUGAUGUCAAAGUGACAGGUGUUAAAGUCAGUACUGUGGCUCUGCGGGCGGAUGACAUCAAAGUUUCCGGCAGGCAGUUGGUGGAGUGGUCUCAAGACUACAUUGCUCCAGUUCAGAUGUAUGCUGGGAUUCAUGCAGCAAACUCAAUCAAACUGCGAGUGCCUCCUUUAGAGAAUAAUGUGGCUUCCACUCGUGACUACGUGACAGCCAGAAACGACUAUCCCCAUGAGCCCAAGGAAAGCGACCAGGAAGAUGAGAAGAGUGACAAGUUCGACAACUCCAGCAAUCUGAUUAAGGUCACUUGCUCAGACCUGGGCAUGGAGGUUGCAGUCUCCAAGAAAUUUUUUCAGGUCACGGGGCUUGACAAGACCACACUGAGUUUGAGAGAUGUAUCUUGUGGGCCUACUGCUGAAACUGAUGACUACAUAAUUCUCUGCACUGAGCUGACUCGCUGUGGGACUCAGUCUCACAGUUUAGAUAACAUCACCUCCUAUACCAAUGUUGUGAUGGUUCAGACUCCGGCUAGCAUGGUUAGCACCAUCUUACAAGAUGAACUCGGCAGUGGGUUUCUGGAUGAGGAUACCAGUUCUGGUUCUCGUGAUCUCAGUCUGGUGAUGGAUGAUGAAGAUUACAGGUCAAAUCCAGUUAGCAUCCCUGUGGAGUGCAAGAUGUCAGCAACGGUCACAAACCAGUACUGCAGAGGAAAGCAGCCACAGGCACCAGCUCGUUGCAGUCUCAACCUCUACACAAGUAGCACUUUCCUGCUGCCAAAGCAAGAGUUCCCAGUCUCUAUCAGCAAAAACAGCACUGUUUUCUUGAAGGCUGAAGUUGAGUGGUUAUAUAGUUCUUUUCUGUGUCACAGCUGUAGGAGAGAUAAUUCUGUGGUUUGGAUUGAUGAGCUGUUGGAUGUGGCCGGGAGAGCUAACCUCAGGUACACCAGAUUCAGAGUGACAGUUAUGGACUGGUUUAGGAGCCAUUCAUCAGUGUAUCUUCACUGUCAGCUGUUUACAUGUCAGAAGACUAACAGAGGACAGCCAGACCAGUGCCGCCAGUUCAGACCAGAUCCGGUGAAUGACAAACUAGUGAAGCCUGCUAUUGACUCCAGCUGUGGUACACUGACGGUUGGCCCCUUGGAUCUGACGGACAAGGAGGUUCUCGUAAAACCCAUUUUGAUAGGAACAGUUGCAGUAUCUUUGUUGUACUCAUCCACAGGUGUUUUUGUCACCAAGACUGACAGUAGCCAGGAAGUAUUGAGUCACGGACACCAGCAGAGAAUCAUCAUUGAAGGCUUGGACUCUGCCACAGUUGUGGGCAUUGCUUUUGCUGCAUUUGUUAUUGGCAUUAUCCUCAUGGGAGCCUUGUGGUUUAUCCACACACAUACAGGCCCAAAGAAACGUGUGGUGACCUCUCCCAGAGAACCUGAAGCCAGCGGGGACAACACGCCAAAUUCUUUGUCUCCAGUAGCGACUUAA